UUAGAGGGGAAAAACAAGAAAAAAAAAAUCUGAACCAAUGGACUGCAGACACAGUACAGGGGAUGACCAGAGACUGUGGACACAGUACAGGAGAUGACUAGAGACUGCGGACAGUGUCCGCAGUCUCUGGUCAUCUCCUGUACUGUGUCCGCAGUCUCUGGUAAUCUCCUGUACUGUGUCCGCAGUCUCUGGUCAUCUCCUGCACUGUGUCCGCAGUCUCUGGUCAUCUCCUGCACUGUGUCCGCAGUCUCUGGUCAUCCCCUGCACUGUGUCCGCAGUCUCUGGUCAUCCCUGCACUGUGUCCGCAGUCUCUGGUCAUCUCCUGUACUGUGUCUGCAGUCUCUGUGCAGGGGAUGACCGGAGACUGCGGACGCAGUGCAGGGGAUGACCGGAGACUGCGGACGCAGUGCAGGGGAUGACCGGAGACUGCGGACGCAGUGCAGGGCAUGACCGGAGACUGCGGACGCAGUGCAGGGGAUGACCGGAGACUGCGGACGCAGUGCAGGGGAUGACCGGAGACUGCGGAC